CUCAGCCCCUACGCUUGGCGGCAGCCGUCGAGAUGCCAUCAGUUGUUGGCAGUGGCAUUGUGCCUUUACAACUACUACAGAUCGGUAGACAACAGAUAGACGACAGAUCGAUAGACGACCUCGGUACCACAGAUCGAUAGACCGAUAGACCGACACAUCACCGAUCGAACCCAGACAUUACCGACCGAUAGAUGGUUACUCGCCCAUCAUGUCCAGCAACGACAGCGGCGGCGGCAACGACAAGCCCGAUGCCGAGCUCUACGUGGCCGUCGUCUCGCUCGUCAUCGCCCUGAUAGCCCUCCUCGGGACCGUCAUGCAGGUGCUCCAGCAGUACUACGCAUCCGCCACGGGCUUUUCCAACUGCGAUCGCCGCGUCAUCGGCAAGUGGCACAACUACAAGGAACGCAGGUUCAAGUGGAAGGAGCUGCGGUUCGAGGUGCGGUUCAAGGCCCCAGUCGUCUUUGUGUGCCCGGCCGACAACAAAAAGGGGCCCGUGCCAGACGUGGUCUGGAUCAUCGACGGCUCGCCCAAGAGCCAGGAGGACACCAUGACCGACUCGAUAGGCGCCCAGCCGCCGCCCGUGCCCGUCGACGGCACCUCGACCCUUCCUCGCUUCACGUUGCGGCAGCGGCCGACCAACAGCAGCCUCAAGCAAAAGAUCACCCGCACCGUCGACCGGGACCACGAGAAGCGGAUACACACGGCUGACAACGAGCGGGCCACCUGGCUGACCAUGCUCACCGAGUUCCAGCGCAUGGAGAUGGAGUCUUCGAGCUGGCAGGAUACCGAGUACGGCUGGCACUCGGGCCGGCCGGGCCAGCCGCGGAUCGACCCGCCCGUCUUUGCGGACCGCAAGCUGGCCAUCGCGGUGCAGGCCAAGCCGCGCAGCUGGGACACGAUGCCGCCCAACAUCAAGAAGCCCUACGCCACCACCACCAUGUGCCACCUGGUCGAGAUGGCGGCCAUGCUGGGGCUGCACUGGAAGGAGUUUGACCGCUCGAGCGACAAGUACCGCGCCGAGGGCAACGGCUACGUGCUGACGGGCUCGCACGUGCCGGACCUGGGUGUCGUUUUCAACUUUCAGAUCUCGGGCAAGUGCAAGUUUGGCGACAACCGCGUGGUGCCGUCGACCCACGUCAAGGAGUUUGCCUUUGGCCUGGUGCCGACCGUUUUCAGGACCCAGGACGACGACCGCCGCCUGGGGUCGAUAGCCGAGGACCCGCGCGACCGGGGGCUGCUGCUGCUAGGGAGCACCAACGAGGUGGCCGAGACGGUGGCCUGGUUUGGCUGUAAUACGAGGACGGCGGAUAUUCUGCGGGACGACAGCAAGAAGCACGGGCACCUGUUUCCCAUCGCCUUUGAGAUCCUCGGCAUGCUCUCCAAGCCCCUCUACAUCCCCAACAUGUCCUUCCGCAUGGUCCCGAAUCCCACCGUCUACACGUGGGACACCAAGUUCUUCAACCUACGCAGGAUGCUCGACGGCUUUAGGAGCCAGCUCGAGAACUCCGAGGCCGUCACCGAGUCGUAUUCGAACGUGGCCACGAACGAGACGGCACCGCACCUGCAGCCGCUCCGCAACAAGGCCGAGACGGUGUGCGACGCGCUCGAGAAGCAAAAGGCGGACCGCGGCGAGAACGAGUUCUCGCUCGGGCUGUGCCAUGCCCUCUUCCACUCCAUCGAGUUCUGUGACAAGUACCUGGCCGGCGUGCGCCCCAAGCUCGUGCAGGUCGUGCUGCGGGAGCACAUCCAGGAGAUCCUGCGCAUGGUCAACAGCGAGGGCGAGGCCGAGAAGUCGGCCAUCGGCCAGCUCAUGGACGCGGCGCCCGAGCAGCGCCACGCCGUCUUUAUGCGCGUCUACUUUGACCACGUGCUGCCCCAUGUUAUCAAGACGUGCAUCCAGAGCAUCCGCCGCCGCGAUACGCCCAUGAUGGGGUUGAACUCGCCGCCCGGGUCGCCACUCGCCUCGCCGCCCGUUUCGCCUGAAUCCCGCCAGCGCGGCGGGAACCGCAACCUGACCACCGAGAUGGUGACGGUGCAGGUGACCGAGAUCUGGUGCACGCUUGUAUUCCGGAUGAUGUGCUGGCUGUUGCUGCACGACUUUCACAAGAAUGACCGGCAGAUAUCGAGCAAGAGCGAGGUGUGGGGGAGCCGGCUGCCGGUAUAUAUUUGCUAGGUGCGGAUACUGCUGGAUACUGCUGGAUACUGGUGUUGGAUGUCGGAUCUUGGGUAUUGGGACGGGUGCUACUAUAUCGACGCCGGCUGCAUGGGACAUGUGUAUGAUUUACGACGGGUAUAAUGGACAUGAUCAAAACGGCCUGAUCGGCCUCAACAGGUGUCUGAUGACAACAUCGUGAACCCAUCGCUUGGGCUCCUCCUCCUCCUCCUCCUCCCCGUCAUGCUCAACCUCGAGCUCGACCUCUAGCACGCCAUCCCUCCAGCUCGCCGCCUGCACCCUGCACCCCACGCGUCGACUUACCACCCGCAGCAUCUCCUCCUGCCCCGGCGGCAGGCCCAGCAGCCGCACGACGCGCAGCCGCGGCCACCGCCCCCGCAGCCCACCCAGCAGCCCGCCCAGCAGCCCGUCGUCCACCACCGCAGCGCCGUCGGCCGCCGUUGUCCGCCGCAGCUCCAGCACCUCGACGUCGGGGCAGGCCGCCGCCGCCG